UAUUUAGGUGCCGGGGCUCGGCUCGUGGCAACCUGUCAGAUUCGACGCCCGCCACGCCUAUAGGAUCCUGUAGGAGAGUUCCUCUUCUCAACGGAGCGAAGCUUUUCCUCCGGCGGAUUACAUCGUGGUUCCGGCAGUGCAGUGCGCACGUGGCGCUGAUGCGGACGCGAGUAGAGUGCAGUUCGAGGUGUGUCGCGUGUGUCUGAGUGCAGCCAAGUGACCAACUGACCGCCAGGACCGAAGGAUCGUGCUCAAGGUUCGGCAAUUUCUUCAAGGACUUCGCGGUGCAACGGAAAACGAAGUGAGCACCGAAGUCGACCUUAGAGUCUGCAGCGAAGUGCACGUCUAAGCCCCAUACUGAGGUUCCCACCGAAGCCCACAAACGAAGUCCAAGUCGCCGUCAACUCGCGAGUCACGCCUCAUCACAGGACGUCGUCGCAUCGGAUCCGCCUCAGAAACCAGCAGCGAAAAUCCUCACCAGGAUAGUGUAAGUUGUCAUCGGCUUCUGCGUAGAAAUCGGUCGGGUGUAAGAAUCUCAGCAUAACGCGUGUUCAAGCGAAGACCUGGAUACUGAAACUACCCGAAGUGUCUUCACGUGCCGACUUCUAUCGAAGACAGCGUCAGUUGCUCGACCGGAAGCUAGAACUCUUCGAAUCUAAACUUACAGAGUCUGACGACGUCAUCGAUCCGUGCGGAUUCUUCCUCCUUCUCUCUACCUGUUCGCAGUACUCACAUUGGAUGCGAGAAGCAAGAAGCCGACUGCGGAGCUUUGAAGCGUUAUCGCGAAGUGCGCUAAGGUCUGCAAAGUGAACUUGACUUUCUUUCAGACGGGAAUUUUACUGCCAAAGACUACCUACUCGACUAGUCGUUAGUUUUCCUCUUGGCCACACCUCAGACUCUUCUUCGCCGUGGAUACGCCUUGAAGGUUCGAAAAGCUAAUACUUGCUGGUAAACACCAACGAGAACAUGAGAAUGUGCGGACGAAGAGCCCUCUUGCUUCCUGUACAUUUAACAUAACGUUCGCCGUUCGUUCUCGCCCCUUGAGAUCCUCGUUGGCAUCCGGACAGCUCUUGCAACCUGCUGCUUGGUAACUGCAGUCGUUUUCGCGUUCUUCUCCCUAAACGCAGACACGCAAGCACCACACCGAAGCUCUCCAAGGUCAUCAAAAGUAUUAUCCAUAGCCAAAAAAACGUCCCAACUACCGGUACAUUUCAUUUCCCUAACACGAGAACUACAAGCUAACAGCCAUGGAUCUCUUCGCCCAGAGGAUCAGUGAUCCGUCGCAGCUAGACUACUGCCCCGCAGAUGACUUCGUUCGCGAGGUUCCGGAACCGCGACUGGUGGAUGUGGUGGCUGCUCGCCUGCGGGACGCGUCUCUGAACCAGCUGCUCGGCUGGGCCAUCUCACUGGUGCUUGCGGUGAUCGCUCUGGUGUGCGUGGUGUGCAAGGUGUACAGUCGUCUCACGUUGGGCAGGUGCACCUCCAACAAGGACUUGACGGGCCGCACGGUGAUCAUCACGGGCGCCAACACGGGCAUCGGCAAGGAGACGGCUAAAGAGCUUGCAAGGCGCAAUGCCCGAGUGAUCAUCGCCUGCCGGAACCCGGAGAAGGCAGCGGCGGCUGCCAAGGAGAUCCUGGACGAGACCGGCCGCCAGGUGGUGGUGCGCAAGCUGGACCUGUGCUCCUUCAAGUCGAUUCGCGAGUUUGCCGACGACAUCAACAACAGCGAAGAACGCCUCGACGUGCUCAUCAACAACGCCGGAAUCGUCCCAUUUCCGGACCGAGUGGAAACGGUCGACGGAUUCGAGCAAACGCUGCAGACGAACCACUUAGGGCCCUUCCUACUUACGAACCUGCUUCUCGGGAAGCUGAAGGCCAGUGCUCCUAGCCGCAUCAUCACGCUGUCUUCGCUGCUGCACCACUUCGGCCGCAUCGACCCGGGCCACCUGGACUACGGCGAGUACCGGGUGCCCAUGCAGGUGUACAGCGACACCAAGCUGGCUAACGUGCUCUUCACCAAGGAGCUGGCCAGGAGGCUCCUGGGAACCGGUAGGAGUGCGAACGUUCUCCACCCUGGCGCGGUGCAGACGGACAUCAACAGCACCUACGUCGGCCUCAUGAACAUCGUGAUGAACGCUCUCUUCUACUUUUUUGGCAAGACACCGAAGGAAGGUGCGCAGACGUCCAUAUAUCUCACCGUGUCUGACGAAGUCGCCAAGGUAACUGGUCAAUACUUCAUGGACUGCCGACGAGCCCUGCCCAGCAAGAUCGCCGAAGAUCCGACGCUUGCCAGGAGACUCUGGGAAGUCAGUGAAAAGCUGACCGGCCUCAGCUUAUGAUGCCGAGGAGGCUGAGGUGGUGACGUUUGGGUUUGGGCGUAUACGAUUUCGAGAGUUCCUGUUAUAUGUGUGGCUGCUAAGCAUGUCUCUUCAUUCCCGAUCUGUACAUUAGCCUCACGCAUCAGAAACGCCAAAAAGAUAGCAACGUUUCCUCAAGUACUCGUUGAAGGUUUACAAAGCUUGUAGACCAGUGGGGUGGCUUUAGUGAAGCGUCUUUAUUGUAAAUAAUGUUUACGAACAGUAGCCUGCAGUAUAUUAGACAGCUCUUGUCUUGCGUGAUACAUGAUACAUGACCGCCAAACGAAGGUGGAACCUGGAUCAAACACUUGUUGCUAAGCGUGAUGUUCUAAAGGCUUUUACUGGAUUAAUUCACGAAUGGUUGUCUGGGAAUUAGAAUUCUCACAAGUCAUCGCUAUUAAUUGGUGUUAAGCAAAAUUAGCAUCUUCAUAACCAGUGCUUCUUUUUCUUCUUUGUCGUUCCACUUCUUAAAUGCUAUGCAUCAGGUAAGAAAUUUGAUUCAGACCUUACUUUUAACAGCUCUGGCAUGAUAAACGUAUAUCUGUCUCUCUGUAGCAUCGGCUUCCGCUUGCGUAUCAACCUGGAAAUGUCCAGAUAGAUGACCUGCAGACCACCCGCUUUGGUCCGUGUUCACACUUACUACUUCAUCUAUCCCAACUGUGUGAAGUGUACAUCGAUACAACCAUUUCUUACCUGAUCUCACCUUGAGGACAAAGAUUACGUGGUGUUUUUUUUCUUAUUGUUACUGAAUCAGUUAAUAAUUUGAAGGCUGCCGUCACCCAACCAGGAUUGUCAUGCUGUUUCUACCUAGAAGAUGGCACCUCUGCACUGCUAUUAAAAACUCGCAACUCUUUAAGUAUCAAA